AUGGAGUCGCUGCACACCGUCGUCGCCAACGCGCGUCACAAAUCAGUGGCCGGUUAUCUCCAAGAGAUGUUAGACACCGGCGCCGCCGACGAGUCACUACAGCACCAGUCGGCGCUCAAAGAGAUGGCCGCCGCCAGCAAUAAGUCGGGUCUGCGGCCACUCCACGCGUUUCUCACACUAUAUUCUGGUCAGUAUUCGGCGGAACAAACUGAACGGCUGUUCGAGAUGUUGACGAUUCUCGUCGAGAAACUGGAGUCGGAUAUCAACGCGCCGGUAGUGUCGGUCGACUCCGCGACCGACUUGGAGUUUGUCGUGCAUAUGACCGCCCGGUGCCGUACGCCGGAGUUUGUGCGACUCGUUUUGUCUCACUUUCCACUACUGGACCAAUUGGACGGUCAGCAGAGGACAGCCCUCGCGGUGGCCGUCGCUGAGGGCAAUACGGAGGCCGCGCGACAGCUCGUGAAAGCCGGCGCUGACUGUAAAUACCGGUUCGAAAAGGAGGCGAACCUAUCGCUGCUCGCGUGGGAGGCGCUGAACAAUAAGCGGUCUUUCGAUUUGAUACCACUUCUGGUGGAAAAGGGGGCCGACAUUAAAGAGACGGUCGACGAGUCCCGCAAUACAGCGCUCCAUUUGGUGGCCUCCAGGGCCUCGCAAAAGGGUGCGCUCGAGGCGCUCAACGCCCUCAUCAAUGCCGGCGCUGAUGUGAAUGCCGUCAAUAAAAAUGGCCGAACUCCACUCCAUUUGGCGAUAAACAGUCGAAAUGGCGGACCCGAAGAGAUAUACGACUUGGAGGAGCGCCUACUGAAAGGCGGCGCCCGAUUGGACGCCAAGGACAUCAGGAAACGGAUACCAUUGCACUACGCGUUCGUGAAAAUAGGCGCCCAUAGAGACCACUCGCAUAUGGAUCCCAUCGAAUUGGUGGCACUCCUGGACCCCAGCGAUAGGGACGGCGCGUCGGGCGGUGGCGACCAUAUAGGCAGCGGCACAGACGUGGCCGACCGGUUUGGGUCCACACCAUUGCAUUACGCGGCACAGAGAGGGGCAACCAUUUCGUGUAUGCAUAUACUGAGGCGAAUGAACAUCAAUCCCACCGAUGAUAACAACAAUACACCGCUGGGACUGGCGGUGCUCUACGGGCACGAAGGCUGCGCGCUAAUGCUUCAGCAAAAAGGGGCGGCAUUUAUACGACCGGUCGGUAACCUGAAUACACGGCCGGAGCUGCGGCUGACCGACGAGAAGGCGUCCCUCUGGCGAUGGAAUCGCGUGAAAGAUCUCGAGAAAUACAACCGAGAGUUGGACACCAAAAAAGCUCAUUGUUCUAUCAUUGAAGAGGUGGUGCGCAAGAAUUGGAACGGACUCCUGUACUUAAUGAUCAACGAGUUGUCAACAAUGGGUAAAGGAGUGGGUAUUGUCAUCGAGUCGGCCCUCCGUACGGAACGCCUCAAUCUCGCCAUUAAACUACUGAAACGAGUGAAGAACAGCCGUACCCUUCACUCCAGUGAUAAGACACUGCUUCACGUGUUGGCCAAAGAAAGCGCAGUCACUAUAGAUGACAAUCACAGCCACGAGCUCCAGAAGCAAGUGGUGCGGCUGUUGGUGGGUCUGGACGUGCAGUCCCGUCAGUUGGACCAGCAGUUCAAGUCCAACGCCAUAAUAUAUUCGGCAAUGAACUGGAACUACAUUUUGUGCGAUGAGUUGACCCAAGUGUUGGGCGGUAUCGACAAAGUGGUGGCUCUGGAGCCGGACUCACUGCUCAGGACACCCAUAUCGGCCGUGUUUUGGGACAUACAUAAGCGCCGCACUACUGGUUCCGAUCAGUCAUUACCGGAACCGAUGCACCAUUGGUUGACACAACUGCUGGAGAAGAGUCCGCAACAGUUGAACGCCGUAUCGUAUUAUCCGAUUAGUGAGAGUCCGUACGCCGGCGUCAGGUUUACGGUCACUAACCCGACGCCAGUGGCCGCCGCGGCUGCCGGUGCUGUCAAAUACACGCCAUUGAUAUACGCCGUGAUUUGUGGCAAUUAUCCUUUGGUUAAGUAUUUACUUAAUCUCAAGAUUAACGACGCGUUUGCGGUCGACGUGAACCGCGCCGACACUACACUCCCGAUGAGGACUCGGAGUCCAGUAGUUGCGGCUGCCGGUGCUGUCAAAUACACGCCAUUGAUAUACGCCGUGAUUUGUGGCAAUUAUCCUUUGGUUAAGUAUUUACUUAAUCUCAAGAUUAACGACGCGUUUGCGGUCGACGUGAACCGCGCCGACAGUCUGGGAAGGACUCCAAUCAUGCAUUCCGUCCGUUUGAAUGACUUAAAAAUGGUUAAACUUGUGCUAAACCGAAGCUACACUCCCGAUGAGGACUCGGAGUCCAGUAGUCAUACCUCGGAGUCGGGCGCCACUGGCGUGGACCUCACCGCCAAAGACUCAACCGGAUGUACAGUAUUACAUCACUUGGCGGCCCCACUGGCCGGCUAUACAUACCUUAACUCUGAUGUGAUUUUACGGAUAAUAUGGCCGGCGGUGAGAGAUGUCUCCAACCCCGAGACACAACUCAUGGAUGUGGCCAACAAUGAGGGACAGACCGCCUACAAGAUAGCCGUCGAUAGGAAUGCCCGCCAUUUGAUACAUACAUUCCGAGAGCUAUCGAAGUCGGAGUCGACCCAACCUCCGGCUCCAGUAUUGGCUGCGUUUCCCAAAAUUGAGACCAAUUUCCUGAGCGAAGAGUUUGAUUACAAGUCGGACGCGAAGAAAAUGUGCGAACAGUUAGACGCGGAAGUCAUGGAAACGGAUGCCAAAGAAGCGGAGUUCAUACCCGACCCGCACGUGGGCGUCGAUGGCGCAGAGCUGGCGAUGGAUACGAGUCUUGAGUUGCCAUACGAUGUGCUGCUGACGAAAGUAGAUCUCGAGUGCAAACCCAUCGGUUUGUAUCACUUCUACAAAAUACAAAUCAUUGAACAAAAGUCUGCGAAUUCGGUGCUAUUGUUCACCCGUUGGGGAAAUGUGGGCGAAUUGGAUCAGUACCACAAGACAUCGUACGCCACAGUGGAGGCGGCGGUGGUUGAGUUCAAGAAGGUAUUCAAAGCCAAAACCGGUAACCAAUGGGAAGCGGUUAAGGAGUUCGCAGCUCAGCCUAAGAAGUAUCGUAUUGUGGACCAUAAGAAGCGCCGACACCAGAAGCAAAGGCAUUAUAAGAUGGAUGCCGUGAAUAAGGCGGUGACCACUGGUGCUGUUGAGCCUAAACUCCCGGAACCGUUGCACUCGAUAAUGAAGACUUUGAUUGGCAUUCACUCGAGUGAUGAGUCCUAUAGGUCUCUGUCGGACGAGUCGUUCACACCAUUCGGUCUCUUAUCCGAUGAGACACUACUGACCGCCGAGUCUUUGUUGACACAAAUCGAGACAUUAAUCGAUGAGAGGAAUGGUAUUAAAGGAAACCAAUCGCAAGACUAUUUCCGACUCACAAACGAUAUCAUUGACCGAAGCGAACAAUUCUAUCAUUUAUUGCCACUAUUUGGAGGUCAAUACGAGAGACUGAGUCCACUGUUCACUCGCGAGGCGUUGCGAGACAAACAAGAGUUGAUCCAUAAUUUGGUUCAUUUCGAGUACGCCUUUGAGCUCUUAUUGGCCGCACAGUAUCGGCUCCGGGAUGUGAAUCCGAGUGACUAUAUCUACAAAUCUCUCGGAUGUCAUCUCCAGCUGUUGGUGUCCUUACUUCUCCUUACAUUUUCACAAAUAUCCCAAUUGGCGUUGCCUCUCCUUUUCCGCAAGCUGCCCUGGGGUGUUGACAACCGGUGGCUCUUAUGGCACGGGACCAGAGCUGCCAACGUGUUGAGCAUUUUGGCCAAAGGGCUCCAGAAGUCGCCAUUGAGUGCACAAAUGUCUGGUCAUCUGUUCGGAAAGGGAAUAUAUUUCGCCGAUAUGUUCGCCAAAAGUCAGUCCUACUGUUCUACCGGUGCGUUCGGCGCCGACUCUAACGGACAAAAGUUUGCGUUUUUAUGCGAAGUAUCGUUGGGUGCCGUACAGGACGUCCGCACCCGAGACCUGUCCGACAAACCAUUUGUGUUGAGCGCCGACAGACAUAGCGUGAAGACAUCGCACACUCAACACAUACCGGACCCGCAGUCUUGUGUCUACUGGAAAGGUCGUACCGUUCCGAUGGGCGCACCCGUACGCCAACAACAGUCCGAUGCCAACGACGUGUAUAAUGAACUGAAUUAUAACGAGUAUAUUGUGUUCAAUAGCCAACAAACGUGUUUAAGAUAUUUGAUUCAAUUCGAUGACUGAAUGCCUGUCCAUUGCCGGUAAACUGUCGUUCCCAUCGCUCUCAUAGGCUGUCAACUCUUUAUCUCUGUCUCUCUCUCUCACCGCUCACUCACAGACACUAUAUAUCUGUCUCUCGAUGUCUAUAUCUUGUAAACAUAACACAUGUUUUAUUGUGGCAUUUAUUGUGUGUUUUUACGGCUACCGUUCCGCUACUGUUAUUGUCAUUCGUUGUGAUGAUUGCACACCAUUCAUUACAUCCAUUGCCGCCAAUUGUCACAACAGAUCAGUUGAUAUGAUAUGCGAAAUACGACAACAAAUUUGAUUUGAAAAUAGACACAAAAAAAGACUAAACAAAACAAAUUGUUUUGCAUUUUUUAAUUACAAUUAUUUCCCAAAAACUAACGAUUCAGUCGAGUAUAUCAUGUCUGAGAUUAAGAUUUUUUAAAAAUUGAAUAAUCAUUUGAUUUGCUAUUUUUGUCACAUAUUUGAUAUGCUUUUUGUGCAAAGCCAUGGGUGGCUGGGAAUGGGAGGCCUGUACUUAUAAAUAUAACCCCCCACUGGUCACAGACAACCCGUAAACCCCACCAAUAAUAUAAUUGUGUAAAAUAUAAGUCAAUUCUAGAGCUCAUACGGCAGGGGUUUGUGAUUAAUAACAGUUAUGGCUCAAUAGGACAGGGAGUUGUGAUUAUGUCUGCCUUCAACUCUACCCGAAACCCCCUUACCGGCCAUUACCAUUCGGGGGGAGGGCUAACCCGUGGGGUUACCGAUAGGUUUAGUUUAGCGUUAUCUAUAGGAAUACUGUAGUAGUGUUUGUCACUCGAUGUGUAUUAAGAAGGGGGUGUCAAAGGUGUCGGUGCUCACAAACCACGUGCUCAGCCAUUUGUUAUAUAGUAUAUUCAGGGCCACACUUUACCCCCGGUCCACAACCCUCUGCUCCCCCCGACCCACUAAUCCAUGGCUUUAAUCGUAUAAAAUCUGAAACUAAGCGACAAAUUAAUGAUUUUAAGUGUGAAUACGAAAUACUGACACAAAACAAAACAAAACAAAAACUUUUUAUGACUUAAAAGUAUUUUUAAAGAUUCAAUUCAUUUGAUUAUAAAAGCGUUUUGAGAAAACAUACGGAAAAUAAUUUUUGUGUUCAUUUUUGAGUUAAUUUUUUUGACUGUCUCUCGGAGUUUAGUUAACAAAACCC